CGCGUCCUGACGGCCGCAGGCUUCUCUCCGCCCUUCAUCUCGGGACUGAUCAUCGGAGCCGUUCCCCUGAUCCCUUUCACAUCUCCUCGAUCCCCCACUCCCGGUCCCGACCAAGGCCACUGAGCUCCCGCGCCCGCACGCACAAAACGCGCCCCUGCCCCCAUCCGCAAAAUCGAGCACCCAAAAACUUUCGCAUAUCCACGCGAUGUCGUCGACGGAUGAGUCCCCAGUGUCGGGCACGCCCUCGGGGUCGGCGAUCCCGAUGAGCCAGAGCCUGACGGCGCCGACACCGCAGAAUACGCCGAUGAACCACGCACCGAUCUCGCACGGGCUCAUGCGCCCGUCCGUCGCGGCGAUCAGCGAGGACGAGGAGGAGGAGGAGGGCGAUGGGCUGUCGAGCGCGCUGAACAAGCUGGCGCUGAAGGAGGGCGAGGAGGGCGAGGAGGACGAGGAUGAAGAAGAGGAGGAGCUGCCGGUCGAAGUGCGCCGCAGUGUCGAGGCGCUGAAAGGACUGCAGGUGCAGCAGGAUGACCUGACGAAUAAGUUCAAGUGGGAGCUGCAGGAGCUUGAGAAGAAGUACAAUCUGCUGCAGCAGCCCUUGUACGAGCGCAGGAGGGAGAUUGUCCUGGGCAAGGCUGCUCCUACGGAGGAAGAGGUGAAGAAAGGAGUUGAAAAGGCUAAGGAGGAGGACGAAGACUACGAAGAGGCCAAGGUCGAAGGAGAGACCGGCCCCGCCGCCAUCCCAUCCUUCUGGCUUACUGCCCUUCGUGUUCACCCGGGUUACGCGGAUAUCAUUACCGAGCGCGACGAGGGGGCCGUGAAGUGGCUUACAGACAUCAAGAUUGUCGUUCUCCCUCUCAGGGACGAUGAGACCACCUUGAAGGACCUCCUGAAGAUCCCCGAGGACAGCGUGAAGAAGCCUGGCUUCAGCCUCUUGUUCUACUUCGACGCCGAGCACAACCCGCACUUCAGCAACGAGGUCCUGAUCAAGACGUACUUCUACCAGGAGAAGAUCGGUGACAUGGGCGAUUGGGUGUAUGACCGCGCUAUCGGGACCACGAUCAACUGGAAGGAGGAUGACAUGGAUUUGACGCGGGAGUUCGAGGUCAAGCGCCAGCGCAACAAGAGCACUAACCGCACGCGUCUUGUGCGCAAAGCCCAUCCAACCGACUCAUUCUUCAACUUCUUCUCGCCGCCAACUUCGCCGGAGAACCCUGACGAUAAAACCGAGGAGGAAAUUGAGGCCAUCGAGGAGGCGUUGCAGAUGGACUACCAGCUCGGCGAAGAGCUGAAGGAGAAGAUCGUCCCACGCGCCAUCGACUACUUCACCGGCAAGGCCCUCGAGUUUGAGGACCUCUCCGACGACGGUUCAGACGAUGUCUUCGGCUCCGACUAUGGGGACGACGACGACGAUGAUGACGAGGACGACGAUGGCCCCGUCCAGAAGGCUAUCAAGGCGAGCCGCGCGGCUAAGAAGAAGGGCGCGUCCGGCGGCCAGAAUGUUAACCCGGAGGAGUGCAAGCAGCAGUAAAGGAUCCCGUUCACGCGGAGAGGAUAAUCACGACUCGACGAAGCGGAGGGCACAAAUAAUGACAGGAAGGAGACGGAGAACACAAGGACGCAGGAGGUCCGACUACACGUCGCUGAACCGUGCGCUCAUGGUACAUAGACGGCUCUGGUAAAACGUGCGUCGCGAGGAUGGGGCGGCGGUAUGACAUCUUGCUUAGUGGUUUGAAGGUAUAGUACUUUUAGUUGCUUCAAUCUCGUGGUACAUUACACUCUUCUUGGGUACAUUGUCUGUAAUAGCGAACGUUGCCUAUGUAUGUUUCGACUUUGUUGUACCAAGCAAAACAAUUUUUGUGACCUA